UCGGGAAGCAGAGCGCAGCACAGCGUUUGGCUUCCCGGUCACGGCUGCUCCCCGCCUCUUACCCCCGCCGCGCUCAGUUCCGGCCGCCGUCGCCGCCAGGAUGAUCCCGCCGGUGCAGGUCUCCCCGCUCAUCAAGUUCACCCGGUACUCGGCGCUGCUCGUGGGGAUGAUCUACGGCAAGAAGCGAUACGACUACCUGAAGCCGAUUGCUGAAGAAGAAAGAAGAAUAGAGGCAGAGGAGAAAAAGAAGCGUGAAGAACUGGAGCGGAUUGCAAAAGAGAUUGCAGAAGCAAGUGAAGAUUCCAUCCUGAAAUAGACAACAAAUUCAUCUGAAUCUCACACAUGGCUAUGCUCUGAGCUGACCAGUGUAUUUUGAACUCUAUGUAAUAUUCUAUCAAUAAAGUACUUACUACUUACUUCA